AUGGCGGCGGCGGCAACCUCCGUGCGGGGGUGCGGCCCGGCGUCGGCGUCGUCGGUGGGGCUCUCGCCGCGUCGGGCGCUGCAGCGGUCGUCCUUCUUGCCGCCCCUGCCGCGGCGGGCGUCGUCCGUGCGCGCGCUGCGGGCCGCGGUCGCGGACGCGCCGCACCGGGGGCUGGAGCUCCGGCGGGAGGGGCGGGAGGCGGGGCUGCUGGAGGCCGUGAUCGGGGGAGACGGCGAGGAGGUGGAGGAGGUGGUGGGGGAGGAGAGGGUGGAGGGGUGGAUGCGGGAGUCGAUCGCGGAGAUCGUGCGGCACGUCGGGGAGGCGCCGUUCCUGGUGCACCUGUUCAGCGACGGGCGGGAGGGCGUCACGGUGCGGCGCGAGCCGGCCUCGGCGGAGGCCUGGCCCGACGUGCGCCGCCGCUGGGGCCCGGGCGGCCAGCGCCGGCCCGACGGCAUCAUCCUGGUCGAGCAGGUGGCCGCCGCGGCGGUCGAGGACGGCGCCGAGGCGGCGCGCCAGGUGUGGGGCCUGGUGGUGCAGGCCCGCGGGAUGGAGUGCGCCGCCUGCUACGUCCUCGACACCUGCCGCGUCCGCUCGCCCGCCGGCUUCUGCACCCACUUCUGCCUCGCCCGGGCGCAGUGCUUCGGCGAGCCCCUCGAGCUCCAGCUCCGCAACGCCUGGCUCAACCGCCUCUCCGGCAACCACCGACGAUAG